AUGGAUCCUAGUAGAAUGGACGUCGCUAGAGCGGAGUUGACAUCGAAUCCUGAAGGGAAGGAUGGGUGUAGAAUCUCGCGACACUAUCAUAUUGUUCGGAAAUCCGGAACAAAAGUUCGCAGAGAGGAAGGAAAUGCGUUGAGAUUGGCCGGCACACUGGGCAUACCGGUGCCCGAAAUUUACGACAUUUCCAUCACUCCGGAAGGCAUCUGCAGUAUCUGUAUGGACUUUGUUGAUGGGGUAUGUUUGGAAGAUGCAUGGGAGAGCAUAGAUGCCGCAGACAAAAAUUCGAUUGCACAACAGCUGCGGGCCAUCAUCUCAACCAUGCGGGCUGCACAGCCCACAGCAACACCCACUCUCAUCGGAGCCUGUGACGGGCCCGCGCGUGAUUGUCGCUAUAUCAGCGAUUACACCGGCGGACCUUUUGCGACCGAGACAGCUUUCCAUGCUUUCAUCUUGAACCUCGGAAAGGGCACCCCACAGCUCAUCCGCGAGACACUCGUGGAGAGUUUGCAGGCCCAUACCGGACAUCGCAUUGUCUUUUCUCAUGCUGAUCUAUCGCCACGUAAUAUCAUUGUCCGCGAUGGCCAAAUACAGGCACUUCUCGACUGGGAGUUCGCAGGCUGGUAUCCCGAGUAUUGGGAAUACGUCAAAUUCUUUGACCGCCCCACGGGAUGCAAAGGCUGGUAUGACCUCGCUAUCGAUAUUUUCGAAACCCGCUACCCUUCCGAGCUUCUAACGUACCAGGCAAUUGCACGCUGGCAGCGACCAUAGUUUGCGCGUUGUGUUUGCGCCAUCCAUCAUUCUUCCUCGUCCUCCGCUUCUGCAAUGGCAUCAACCAUGCCGUCCAAGCCCCUCUCGUAGGCACUUGCCGAUAUGCACCCGUCUACCAUGAGCGUCUUGAGCGCUCUCUCGAUCCAGCUCUGGCAAUUGAAUUCUCUGCUCCAGUUGUCAAUAGGGAUUCUUUGCAGUACUAGCCUCAAUUGACUUGGAGUUGCAGGAGUUAUGAGGAAGCCGACUUCGAUCUGCUUGGCAAAAUUGCUGCUACUCGUCGGGUCAGAGUUGGUUUCUUGGAAUUCGAACUGGAACAUGCCCGCUGUGCCGGUGAUGUGAGCCAUGAUUGCAGGAGUGGUGGAUGGAUCGUCGAAUUGGAUCCAGAAUGCCGUGUGGCGAUACUGCUGGUAGUCGAGAGGACUUCCUUUGCAGACGAUAAUGCUUAUGUGCACGUUGUUCGGUGCGGUCAUGGUAGUUGGUGUUCCACAUUGUUACU